GACACGUGCGGCGGGGGAGCUUUCGAAUCACAUUUCAUCAUCUCUCAGCUUUUCCUUUUUUGUUUCUUAGGCACGAAACGGGCUUGGGUCUAGAGCGUCAUUUGUUUAGUCGGUUAAACUUGUUUCCUUUCUCCACGUACGUACUACUAACUACAACGUAACCGCUGGCUCGAGCUUUUUUUUUCUUGAGGGGCUUUGACGUGAUGAUACCGAUUACUAUCAUCACAGGGUUUCUAGGCUCGGGAAAGACGACCCUCAUCUUAAACCUUAUCCCCCAGCUGCCCCCGUCGUACAAGCUCGCGCUCCUCAAGAACGAGUAUGGCGAUGUCAAGGUAGACACCGCGCUCGCGUCUUCGGCGGCCAUUUCUGGUGUGCAAGAGCUGCUCAACGGCUGUAUAUGCUGCAACCUCGUAGGCCAAUUAUCCGACGCGCUCGAAACGCUCGCCCGCGAUGUAAAACCUGAUCGCAUUGUAAUCGAGACUUCUGGGUCUGCCUUCCCGGCCACGCUGGCCAUGGAGGUCAACCGGCUGAGUCGCGAGACGGGCAAAUAUGUACUCGACGGCGUAAUGAGUGUCAUUGAUGUAGAGAACUGGAAGGGAUACGAAGACACGAGUAUUACGGCGAAAAUGCAGGCGCGGUACACCGAUCUCAUUGUGCUGAACAAGCAUGAGUUGGUCAGCGAGAGGCGGCUGGAAGAUGUGGAAGACGCCAUUCUGGCGCUCGAGGUGGAGCCACAGAUUCCUAGGACUAAGAGUCGCAAGGGCUGGGUGGACAAGGAUAUCGUGUUUGGGUUGGAUGCGCGGCUUGCGGGCGUUACGGAGGAAACAAAGGACGGGGCGCAUACGCAUGAGCACGACCAUGGACAUUCGAGUGAGGUAGAGGUCUUGACAGUGACACUCAAGAGCGAGGACAAGGCGAGGAGCGUGGAUACAUCGAAGUUGGCAAAGUUCCUGCAAGACCCAACAAAGGAUGAAGUAUACCGGAUAAAGGGAAUACUUUAUGCUUCUACACCGCCCAAAUCUUCAGACACUAUACCCCCAUCAACUCAGCAAGUACCAGAAGGGAGAGUGAGAUAUAUUCUGAACUGGGCAUUUGGCCGUUGGACAUUUACACCCGUAGCCUUGCCUGCAGGCGAGGAAUUGAAAGAGGAGCCAGUGCUGAGGCUUACUGUAAUUACGGCGAAGUACGAGUCUACAAAGUGGAAGAAGGAGAUUGAGUCAAGCGGACUAGUGGCGUUGGAAGGUGACACGCCAGGGACAUUGACAGUGGAGAAGAUAGCAUAGAUGGCGCCGUCAAUGUGUGGAUACCCCCCCAGGUCAAGAAUCAGACGAUUUAGAUUUGCCAAAAUGGAUAUACUUCAGUUCAUUUGGGCCUGAUACUCUCACAAUUCUUUCACAACUGAGCAUUAUGGGUCCAGAGUUCG